UAGCUGUUACCAUGAAGGGAGAACAUCAUUAAGGAAUAACUAAUGGCCCUGCACGGGCUCCACCCAGCUCUCGGUGCUGGGAAGCCUAAUUAGAGCGCAGAGAUAACGAUGGAGUGCUCGGAUGAAUUUGCAUGGGACUCCAGCCUAUAUAGAAUAUGAAGGAUCUGGUGACUCUCAGGAAGUGGCUGGAGGAUGUGCGUGGGUGGAAGAGGAGGCAGGGAGCUGGAGUGCUGAGCAGAGCAGGUGGUCCAGCACAGGAGGUCCUGGAUGUGGGCGCUGCGGCUGUGGUGUGAGCAGAAACGCACCUUUCUGUUGUCUGCACUCCGUGAUCCAGAGCAGGCUCCUUCCAAUUCUCCAGGGCAUCGUCAGAGCCCAGAGCAAGAGGCAUGGAAAACAGAUGUGCGAGACGCUGCUGCGUUCCGUUGGCCAUUGCUUUGGCGGUGAUGGAGCUGGAGAAGCGCAUGUGAGGCAUUAUCUGCUCUUCUGGCCCCGGGGCAGCGAGGAAAGCUUUGGACAGUUUCAAGGAGCACUCUUCUCUCUGUCAAGGAUCUCUUUAAAAGGAACAGGAAUAGGGCGACCCAAGCGCACAGUGCCAGCGGCAAUCCAAAGCAGCCAGCAGCACGGAGGGACCUGUCCCGGCUCCAGGCAUCACCGGUAUGGACAGGGAGGACCUGCGGUGCAAAUAAAAUUAAAUGCAAAUAAAAUGAAGCCACCCAUGGCAAUCACGAGCGGAGGGCCACCAGCAGUCCCCCUGCCCGCGGAGGGGCCGCACGGGGAUGCCAGCGAUGCUGGGGACGCCAGGGAUGCCGGGGAUGCCAGCGACACGGGGGAUGCCAGCGACGUGGGGGAUGCCAGCGACGGCGCUGCCUCCGGCCUGAACCCACUGCAGUGGCCGGGCUGCAGGUGA